GGGGCGCGGAGCAGCAUGUAUAACCCGGGCGGGCCCGGGCUGCCCGGCGGGCGGCGGCGACGCGGGGCGGCGGGCGGCAGCGGGGGGCUGCCGAAGCAACCGGAACGCAGCCUGGCCUCGGCGCUGCCCGGAGCGCUGUCCAUCACGGCGCUGUGCACGGCGCUGGCGGAGCCGGCCUGGCUCCGCAUCCACGGCGGGACCUGCGGGCGGCAGGAGCUGGGAGUGGCCGACGUGCUGGGAGCCGUGAGGGCCGAGCUGCUGCGGGAUUACUGCAUGAACCCUCAGACCGUUCUGCUGCUUCGUGUCAUCGCCGCCUUCUGCUUCCUGGGCAUCAUCUGUAGCCUCUCAGCCUUCCUGCUGGACGUCUUUGGGCCCAAACACCCGGCCCUGAAGAUCACUCGUCGUUAUGCUUUUGCUCACAUCCUCACAGUCCUGCAGUGCGCCACCGUCAUCGGGUUCUGCUAUUGGGCCUCAGAGCUGAUCCUGGCCCAGCAGCAGCAGCACAAGAAGUACCACGGCUCCCAGGUCUACGUCACCUUCGCUGUCAGCUUCUACCUGGUGGCUGGAGCUGGGGGAGCCUCCAUCCUCGCCACUGCUGCCAACCUGCUGCGGCAUUACCCCACCGAGGAGGAGGAGCAGGCCUUGGAGCUGCUGUCUGAGAUGGAGGAGAACGAGCCUUACCCUGCAGAGUAUGAGGUGAUCAAUCAGUUCCAGCCGCCUCCAGCUUACACCCCCUGAUGCUGCGGGGCACGGGGAUGGCUUCCUGCCUCCCUAAACUCUCCUUGGAUUGGGGACACCGUCCUCAGUGCUUCGCUCUGGGGCACGAGAGCAGCUCCUUGCCUCCCUAAACUCUCCUUGGAUGGGGCUGCUGUCCCAGUGCUUUGCAGUCCAGGCACCUCGAGGCUCUCCUGAUUUUUUUCUUUUUUUCCCCCCCCCUGUGCCAGGGGAAGAACUGCUUUUAGAACGGGAUUUCUUCAUCCGAAGCCUCCCUUUGUUUUAUGAACUCUGUGUUGUGAUUUUAACCCUUUUCUCUUCCACCAACUGAAAUAACACCGCUGUGGGGCUGAGCUCUUCCCAAUCCCAUGGACGAUGGGGUCAUCAUGCUGUGCUGGAGAUGAAUUCCCACCCAAUGAACGUGGCCCCAGCUCCGUAUUUAUCCAUCUCCAUAGGAAGUGUGCAGGUGGGGAGAAGCCUUUUGCAGCAGCAGCAGCACGACUUGGGACAGGCACAGUGCCUCUCCUGCACCGAGCACACGCAUUUUGCACUUUAACUCACAAGGCUCUGCUGAUGCAGGGAGUUCUGAGGGGUGCAGAGCUGCUGCCCCCCCCAGCUCCUGUUGUUUUUAACAGAGAUGAAUGGAGACUUUUGUACAGCGCCGGCUCUGAGGAGCAGAUCGAGUCCAUGCCAAGUGAUGGGCUGUGGCUUUUAUGCAAGAUCCCAACGCCUCCACCCCGAUUGGGAAUUUUUUGGCUUCUUGUUCCCUUUCAGAGUCUUUGUGUCCCGCUUUGGGUUACCUCUGCACGCCCUGGGGAGGCGCUUAACCCUGAGCUGUGCAGCCAGCCCUGCAGCAACCUGAGCACCCAGCAGGGCGAGCGUUGCUUCGGGGCUGUCUGAAACAAAGAAGGGAAGCAAAGCGUGCCCACAGCCAUCCCCUGAGCACCGUGCUGCUGGGAAAGCUCAGCCCCAGGAGGAGAUUUAGGGCAGGAACGCUGCUGGAUGCAGCUCCCUCUCUUCCUGACGCUCCCCCCCCUCCUCCUCCUGCACCGCAGCAGCACUGCUAUGCAACGUGUGGCCGCGUCAGUGCCAGCAGUGACCCGGAGUCAGCAGGGCUGUGCUCGGGGAGCAGCCAGCAUUGAGCUGUGGGGAGGGAUUCCACGCAGCCCUCACGCUCCCCCCAUCCCGACGUGGGCUGUGCUGCAGCCCCAGGUGCCGCUGCUGCGUUGUCCCAGAACCAUUGAGACCCCCCUCCCCAAAUCCUCCUUACCCCGUGAUUAUAUGCAAGAGAGGGCUGGACUGUAAAUAGUCUGUGCAUACACGUUGUAUUUCUGUACAAACACACACGACGAUAAAGGAGAAUGAGACGA